ACGCGUGGACGCAUGAACUUUGCGGGCCCAUCAUGGCAAGUGACAAUGCGACAUACCUGAGGAAGGAAGGCAAGGGCCCUAUCUUGCAGGGUUCAGACUUUGGAUUGGGUGGUCAGUCAUCACAGGGUGUAGCACUGUGUAGUCUAGACACACGCACUAGAAAUCACCUUGACGGCGUACAUGAGCUCCUGCGGGCGAGAACAAUAGAUUGACGGUGAGCGAGGAAUGUUCAGACACGUGUGGUACGCUUGAAUUCCCCGAGGCCGUUGUGAUCGCGAUGUGGUCGGUGUCCGGGAAAAGCAAAAUGAAGAAUUAUGAUACGACCGAUUAACUUGCUACUUACAUACAGAGGG